UAGCCGAACAGGUUCGGCAGGUUCCUGAGUGCUGCUGCUGGGUGCUGCGGUGGGAUCAGGCAAACUUCACGCCCGGGUUAGCUCAGGGCUGGAAAAGGGGCUCAGCAGGCGGCUGAGCAGCGGGAGCUGCAGUGCUGGGUGCUUCCCGGGUUGGGCGGGAAGACAGGCGGGUGGGCUACUGUAGGACGAGGCACAAGUGCUACUGAAAGGCAAAUCUCUGCAGAUCUGGAAAAACUCUGGCCCUGGACUGGAACUUAGGGCCAGGAAACACUAUGCUGUGUCCCUCCAGUACACUCCAGCCCUCAGGGAGGUGCUCAUGUCACUCAAAACUCACUGGCCAAUCACGGCCUUUAGUCUGACCUGCAAAUGAAAACAGGAGGGUUUUCCGAAUGGCCAGCUGCAGCUUCUGCUCUGCAGCUGAGCAGGCUUGAAUCUAUCCCUGUGAUGUACUUUGAGUGCUGCUGCUGGGUGCUUUGAGUGGACUCAGACAAGCUCCGAAGUCGGGAUAUGGAUAUUUUAGGAUUCAGUGACCUAUGAUGAUGUGAAUGUCAUCUUCACUCGGGAAGAGUGGGCUUUGCUGCAUCCUUCCCAGAAGAGUCUCUAUGAAGAUGUGAUGCUAGAGACCUAUAAGAACCUCAUUGCUAUUGGCUACAAUUGGGAACACCAAACUACUGAAGGACAUUGUCAACAUUCUAGAAGACGUGGAAGGCAUGAAAAAAGUCAUUGUGGAGAGAAACCAUAUGAAAGUAUUCAAUAUGGAGAAGCCUUUGCACAUCACAGUAGUCUCCAAAUACAGACAAGAACAUAUACUGGAGAGAAAUUCUAUGAGUAUAGCCAAUGUGAUAAAGACUUGGCAUGUCACAGUAGUCUCCAAGUUCAAAAGAGAACAUGUACUGGAGAGAAACCCUACAAAUGUAAUCAAAGUGAUAAGUUCUCUUCUCAAUACAGUCAUCACAGAAAACAUAAAAGAAAAAGGGCUGGAGAGAAACUCUAUGAAUGUAACCAAUGCAGUAAAGCCUUUACACGUAAUUGUUAUCUCCAAAUUCAUAAAAGAACACAUACUGGAGAGAAACCCUAUGAAUGCAAUCAAUGUGGUAAAGCUUUUGGAUAUCCCUACAGUCUCAAAAUACAUAAAAGAACACAUACUGGAGAGAAGCCCCAUGAAUGUAGUCAAUGUGGUAAAGCUUUUGCAUGUCACAUAAGUCUCCAUGUACAUAAAAGAAAACAUACAGGAGAGAAACCCUAUGAAUGUAAUCAAUGUGGUAAAGCCUUUUCUAUUCAUGGUAAUCUCAUUAGACAUGAAAGAACACAUACUGGAGAGAAACCCUAUGAAUGUAACCAGUGUGGUAAAACCUUUGCCCAGAAAUGUCAAGUCCUAAAACAUAAAUGUACACAUACUGGACAGAAAUCCUAUGAUUGUAAACAGUGUGGUAAAGCCUUUUCACGACACUAUAGUCUUCAAACACAUAAACAUACCAGAGAAUGUAAUCAAUGUGGUGAAGCUUUUGCAAGUUACAACAGUCUGCAUCGACAUAAAAGAAAACAUACAGGAGAGAAAUCAUAUGAAUGUAAUCAAUGUGGUAAAGCUUUUGCAUCUCAUAGUAGUUUUCGAUAUCAUAAAAUAAUACAUAGUGGAGAGAAGCCCUAUGAAUGUAAUCAAUGUGGUAAAGCUUUUGCAUUUCACAGAAAGCUUUAUAUACAUAAAAGGACACAUACUGGAGAGAAACCGUAUGAAUGUAACCAAUGUGGUAAAGCCUUUGCACAUAACAGUCUUUUCCUAAGACAUAAAAGAACACAUACUGGAGAGAAACCAUAUGAAUGUAACCAGUGUGGAAAAGCCUUUGGAUGUAACUAUCAUCUCCUAAGACAUAAAAGAACACACGCUGGAGAAAAACCCUAUGGUUGUAACCAAUGUGGAAAAGCUUUUACAUGUCACGUGAGUCUCCAAACACAUAAAAGAACACAUACUGGAGAGAAGCCCUAUGACUGUAAUCAAUGUAGUAAAGCUUUUGCACGUCACAGCAGUCUCCAAAGACAUAAAAGAAUACAUCCUGGAGAGAAACCCUAUGAAUGUAACCAAUGUGGUAAAGCCUUCUCCUGUCAUGGUAAUUUCCAAAGACAUAAAAGAGUACAUACUGGAGAGAAACCCUAUGAAUGUAACCAAUGUGGUAAAGCCUUUUCACAGCCCAGUAGUCUCCAAAAACAUAAAAGAACACAUACGGGAGAGAAACCCUAUGAAUGUAUCCAGUAUGGUAAAGCCUUUGCACAAAAGAGUUCUCUCCAUCAACAUAAACGAAUACAUACUAGAGAGAAGCCCUUUGGAUGUACCUAAUGUGGUAAAGCCUUUGCAUGUCACAGUCAUCUUUACACUCAUGAAAGAGUUCAUCCUGAAGAGAAACUGUAGUAAUGUUUUUAAUAUGGUGAAUGAAGCCUUUUCUCAUCAUCAUAAAGGAAUUCAUACUGGAAAGAAACCUUAUGAAUGUAUUUAGGCUAGUAAUGCCUUUGCACAUUUCUGCAAUCUUCAUCAUCUGAAAGUAUUUACAGUGGAGAGAAAAUUGAUGAAUGUAAACCAUGUGGUAAAGCCUUUGUGUAAUGGCUUUUGCUGAGAUCCAACACAACUGAAACACCAGGUCAAAGCAAAUGAAUAAGAAUUCAUUGUAAUCAUGGUGCUACUGAUUGUUCAGGGCCACAGAACAUACUCAUAGACAUCUGUGCCAAGUCACAGCUACCAAUUAGGAUCUAGGGAGAGGGGCUUUCUUUACCUAGUUGAUCUAUGUCAACUGAUACAGAAUGUAGGUUUUAGAGCCUAACCACCCAUAACCAUUUGUUCUUUUGUGGUUAGCAACAGGCAUUAUGCUUUAGGGAACAAAAGAGGAAUAAUGGAACCUGAUCAAUUAGUGGAAAGCCUCCAUCACCCCUAAGGCCUAGGAAACUGAACUCAGUUUCUCUCUAUGAAUUAAUGGAGGAAGGAACAAAAAGGUAGUAUUUAUGGCACAUUUCUUUUGCUUUCUCCUAAUAGUUGCGUACCACAUUUAUCUUCAAACAUAUAAAAAAAUAUAUCCUGUAGAGAAACCCUAUGAAUAAGCAAUGUGGUAAACCUUUUCAUGUAGCAGCAGACUUAAAAAUCAUGAGAAAAACCAUCCUACAGAGAAACGCAUAAAUGUAGCCAGUUUAGAAAUGAUGCUUAAUGGUAGCUUUAUAAAAAAGUAAAACCUUUGGUGUGUAAUCAAUCUGUUAAAGGGUUUGCAUAUCAUAGUAGUCUUUAAGCAUUUUAAAGAACUCAUACUGAAGGAGACCUUUGUCUAUAAAUGAUUUUCUAAAAUCUUUAGCCAUACUCAGUUACACAAGAUUAUUCUGGAGGAUAAAGGUGACAAGUGUCAAUAAUCUAUUCAAAUAAUAUGAUGUCUGUUUUUACUUUGUUUGCACUUGCAAACUCAUUUUGACAAAAGCUUAGAGAAUUUAAACUAGGUGACCAUUUUAGAUUUCAGAAUUCUCUUUCAUUAUAUCAAAUAACUCAUCCAGUUGUAAAACUUUAUGGGUGUGUAUUAGUGCCUUUGGUGUUGUUGUGAUAAAACACAAUGUCUAAGGCAAGUCAUGAAAGAGUUUAGUUUGGCUUAUGGUUCUAGAAGGAUGUGGGAUCGCCAUGAAAGUGGCAAGGCAGCAAGUGUCAUGCAUGGCAGCUAAAGCCAGGAGCUUAGAGUUCGCAUCCUCAACCAGCAGCACUUAGCAGAAAGUGUGAAGUAGAGAGGUGUAUGGAAGUAAGCUCUCAAGCCCACACAUGUGGCAUGUUUCCUCUAGCAGGGCACAAUUUCCAAAAUCGUCCCAAAUGAUAACUCCACCUGAGAAGCAUUAAUUUUUAUGACUGCAAGGCUACAUGCAUGAACCAGUUUCUGUUGCAAGAACCAGUUCUGUUGCAUGAACCAAGGCUGUUGCGUAUGCAUAUGCACAGUUCAAAAUGAGAAAAAUCUCUGUCAGUUACAGGAAUAAAUGCUUACACAAGAAAAAUAGUGAGGAAUAAAUUUUUGUUUCACAAAUUGUUUUAAUUUUGAUUAUGUGCUGUCAGUGUUUCUUUGUUUAAUGUGAGCGUGUCAGGCUGGUUCUGAAGAAAACUGGACCCAAGCAUAUUCUUGUAGCAGGAAUUACAGAAAGUUGCCAAACACCUGAGCCCGGUACUAGGCAUGAACUUGUCUUAGUUGCACAGCGAUCUUUCUACCCUGUAAAUAGUUUGAAGCCUGGAUGUAUCAUCUUGAUGUCAGGAAGCAGGAAGAACUCAAAGAAGAGAAAAACCCUACUCAUGUAAGUGAUUUGAUAAAGACUGCAGUUAUAGUUAUCUUCAGUUUCAAGAAAAAAAGUCUUCUUAUGUCUGUUUUUCAUCACAGCCUUGAAGGAAGUAAAUUAUUCACCAUGUUCACUUGAGUAUAAUGGAGGAGGUCAUCAGUUGUGGUUGUUGAUUGUAUUUUGAAACAUUUGGAGUAGGUAUUGAACUUUGCUGUAUGUGUGAACAAUUUAGUGAAGUUGUUUAGGCUUUUCUUGUAUUUCUUCUAUGGCUGCUUUUCAUAAUCUAUUGCAAUUUUACUUGGUGAUAGGUAUUUUUCUGCUGCAGUAUAUAGAGUGCAGUGUAUAGAGUGGGAUGACUAUUACCUAAGUUGUCUAUUGUUUAUGUAAAUGUCAGGCCCUGUGUGAUCAGAGUUUACAAGUAUGGGUGCCUGGGAAUGGGUGGGAGGUGGUUGUUCCUGGUUUUGUUUUUCAUAUUUUCACAAAUACCCUUCAGAUUUUGCUGUUCAUUGCCCAGCCUGAGUUGAAUGUCAGUUAUUAGUCAAGGCUACGUUUUAACUCAUGAUUCUCAUGUGUCAGCCUCCUGAGUACAAGCCCAAGGGUAGAAGAUUUACCCCCCAGUAUCAACACAUUUUCAAAAUGCAAAUGCUGAACUGCUAAAUAUAAGAGAAUAUAGGAAAUGUUAAAUACCUUGUAUGUGUAUCCAAGGCAGAAUUUUCUUUUAUCUGGCAAAGAUAUAACAAAGUAGGAUCAUCAGCGAUCAACUGUAUAUCUCACAACAUAGCUUGAUUAAUAUGUAUAUGUAUAUAUUAUUUGCUGUUCCAUGUUUCUUCAUGAGUCUGUAAGUUACCAUUUGUCACUUCAUCUUGAAGUACUAACUUCUAAAGGAAUAAUUUAGAAAUAAUAGGCAAUAUAAAAGCAAUGAGAUUUAUCCAAAAUAUUUGAGAGAGAGAGAGAAUUUAAUGUGGUUAUAUGCUUUUAGGCCAUGACACAUAUGUGAAGACUGGGAGACAACUGUGUGGCAUGUACCUUGGCUAUCUAUAUGAUUCUGAAGGUCAAGUUACCAAGUUUGCACACCACAGACCUUGCCCACUUAGCCAUCUCAGUGAGGAUCAAAUAAAAAUAGUUGAAACAUUACACCAGUUCAAUAUUGUCUUCUUUUCAGGUUGUAAACAUACUGUCAUCUAAGGAUGGAGGAUUACAGGAUGAUUUGUGUAAUAAAAGCUAUUUGCAAAUGAAAA